AAAGAAAGCAUGUGGUGAGUAAAAAACCACGUGCAUCCAUCCAUCCCAUUUGGUGGGUGUGUGUCGUAGUUGAAGCAGAAGGAAGAAGCAACAUCUAUCUUUCUAUCUAAUUUAAUUAUUCAUUCUUGUGUUGUGUGUUAGAUCUAGAAAUCGGAAAGAGAAGUAAUGGUUGAGAAUGACAAUGGAAGGAGUUAAAAAGGAAAGAGAGACCUCACCACCAGGCAAUGAUGGUAAACCUCCCCAUCCACUCUAUCGGCGCUCCUCCUCCUCCUCUCUCCUGCGCCAUCCCUCUCUGGUGAGGACAAGGAUUGGGGAUGAUGCGUCUUCUGUUCAAGCACAAGCUGAGUUUUUACCGAUUCUGCGCUCAGGAGCAUGGGCGGACAUGGGGUUCCGUGGAAGCAUGGAGGAUGUAUAUAUCUGUGCUGACAGUUUUCUCAAUCAUUAUGCUGCCAAGAAUCCAAUUCAAGGACCCGCUGCCUUUUAUGCGGUUUUCGAUGGACAUGGAGGAAAACAUGCAGCUGACUUUGCAUGCGAGCAUUUGCCCAGGUUCAUCUUUGAAGAUGAUGACUUCCCAAGAGAGAUUGAGAGAGUGAUUGCUUCAGCCUUUGCACAGACUGACUCUGCAUUUGCUAAAGCUUGCAUGCUGGAUGCUGAUCUUGCUUCUGGUACAACUGCGUUGGCAGCUCUUGUUAUUGGGAGCUCAUUGGUGGUGGCAAAUGCUGGAGACUGCCGGGCCGUUUUAUGCCGACGUGGCAAAGCAAUUGAGAUGUCUAAGGACCACAAGCCUAUGUGCAUUAGAGAAAAGAAGCGUAUAGAAGCUUCCGGAGGAUAUGUUUAUGACGGUUAUCUGAAUGGACAACUUAACGUGGCCCGUGCUAUUGGAGACUGGCACAUGGAGGGACUGAAGAACCAAGAUGGUGAUGGUGGGCCCCUGAGUUCGGAACCCGAGUUGAUGAUGACGAAAUUAACUGAAGAUGACGAGUUUCUGAUCAUAGGUUGUGACGGGAUUUGGGAUGUUUUCAUGAGUCAAAAUGCAGUUGACUUUGCUAGGAGGAAACUGCAAGAACACAACGAUCCAGUUUUAUGCAGCAAAGAGCUGGUUAGCGAGGCGCUCAAGAGAAACAGUGGAGACAACUUAUCUGCUGUUGUUGUUUGCUUUAAGUCUGAGCCACCCCCGAAUUUGGUGGUUCCAUGGGGGCGGAGAGUGCAGAGGAGUAUCUCUGCGGAGGGGUUGAAGGAGUUGCAAGGCUUUUUGGAUGGUUUGGAAACUUGAGCCGGCUGGAUUUUUGUUUUUUUCAGUUUUGUUAACCAUACUGCUUCUUAAUGUUGUUGAGAAAAAAUAUUUGUCCAACUGUAACAUAUGCGGCUGACAUAGUUUUACCUGGAGUUUUGUCGUCUUUCUUGUUUGUUUGAAUCUGUAAUCAGUUUUGUUCUUUGAAGAAAACGCAAUAGUUUCAGUUGCUUCAAUCUCA